UGUCAACCAAACCAACGGUCCAACCUUCUCGCAUCACCUUCGCGACAGGACGGACGAGAGUCAUUCUCUCCUUUUGUGUCUAAUUGGACUUUGUUCUUUUUUUCUUCUCUGGCCAUUAUGGCCGAAACACCCGUUGAUGUUCUUCUGAAGGGCGAGACCAGCAGGAACACACGCGGUCUUCUGCGGAUUAUCAUUCUAUGUACUAUCGCCGCCGCUGCCGUGUCCAGUCGACUCUUCAGUGUUAUUAGAUUCGAAAGUAUUAUUCACGAAUUCGAUCCUUGGUUCAACUUCCGAGCAACGAAAUAUCUGGUUGAGCAUGGAUUCCAUAGCUUCUGGGAUUGGUUCGAUGACCGAACAUGGCACCCACUGGGACGUGUCACUGGUGGCACACUUUACCCCGGUCUCAUGGUGACCAGCGGCAUUAUUUACCAUAUCCUGCGGUUCCUUACUCUCCCUGUCGACAUUCGCAACAUCUGUGUUUUGCUUGCGCCAGCAUGCUCCGGUCUAACAGCAUUGGCAAUGUAUUUCCUGACCUGUGAAAUGACACCCUCUCCUUCUGCAGGUCUUCUUGCGGCUGCUUUCAUGGGAAUCGUCCCUGGUUAUAUCUCCCGCUCGGUCGCGGGAAGCUACGACAACGAAGCCAUCGCAAUCUUCCUUCUCGUUUUCACCUUCUUCUUGUGGAUCAAGGCCGUCAAAAAUGGCUCUAUCAUGUGGGGAACUUUGACCGCACUAUUCUACGGAUACAUGGUGUCAGCUUGGGGUGGAUAUGUCUUCAUCACCAACCUGAUCCCUCUGCAUGUUUUCGUCCUUCUCUGCAUGGGCAGAUACAGCUCUCGGCUCUACAUCAGUUAUACAACAUGGUACGCUCUGGGAACUUUGGCCAGCAUGCAGAUUCCCUUCGUCGGAUUCUUGCCUAUUCGCAACAGCGACCACAUGGCCGCUUUGGGUGUUUUCGGUUUGAUUCAGCUUGUGGCUUUCGCCGAGUUUGUUCGAGGCUUCGUCCCUGGCAAGCAGUUCCAGAAGCUUCUUACCUCGAUGAUCAUCAUCACCUUCGGUCUUGCAUUUGUCGGGCUUGUUGUGCUCACUGUGUCAGGAGUCAUUGCGCCAUGGAGCGGUCGCUUCUACUCCUUGUGGGAUACUGGCUAUGCCAAGAUUCACAUCCCCAUUAUCGCGUCCGUUUCGGAGCACCAACCUACCGCCUGGCCGGCGUUCUUCUUUGAUCUGAACUUCCUGAUCUGGCUCUUCCCUGCAGGUGUUUACAUGUGCUUCCGAGACCUCAAAGAUGAGCAUGUGUUUGUCGUCAUCUACUCGGUGCUCUCGACUUACUUCGCUGGUGUUAUGGUCCGAUUGAUGUUGACUUUGACCCCUAUUGUUUGCGUUGCCGCUGCCAUUGUGCUUUCUCACAUCCUUGACACUUACCUACUUGCUUCUUCGCCCAAGGAGAACUCUCAGCAAACGAACGCGGAGGCAGCUUCGGAACCUCUUCGCACCGCACGGACACCCUCCGUUGGAAUCUUUUCCUACCUUUCUAAGGCUGUCGUGACAAGCUCCAUUGUUGUCUACCUUGUUCUUUUUGUCGCGCACUGCACCUGGGUCACAUCGAAUGCGUACUCCUCCCCGUCGGUCGUUUUGGCCAGCCGGAUGCCAGAUGGAAGUCAGUUCAUCAUUGACGACUACCGUGAGGCAUACUAUUGGCUUCGUCAGAACACCCCUCAAAACGCCAAGAUCAUGUCAUGGUGGGAUUAUGGCUACCAAAUUGGUGGUAUGGCCGAUCGCCCGACUCUCGUUGACAACAAUACCUGGAACAACACCCACAUUGCCACUGUCGGAAAGGCCAUGAGCUCGCGUGAGGAAGUCAGCUACCCCAUUCUUCGCCAACACGAUGUGGACUACGUUCUUGUUGUUUUCGGUGGGUUGCUGGGCUACUCAGGCGAUGAUAUCAACAAGUUCCUCUGGAUGGUUCGUAUUGCCGAAGGUAUUUGGCCCGAUGAGGUGAAGGAGCGCGAGUUCUUCACGCCUCGCGGAGAAUACCGUGUGGACGAAGGCGCAACCCCCACCAUGCGUAACAGUUUGAUGUACAAAAUGUCUUACUACAACUACAACUCCCUCUUCCAACAAGGCCAGGCCGUCGACCGUGUACGUGGUGUGAAACUCCCUGCGGAAAGCCCCCAGCUUUCGACCGUCGAGGAAGCGUUCACUAGCGAGAACUGGAUCAUCCGUAUCUACAAGGUCAAGGACCUUGACAACCUCGGCCGAGACCACGCCAGUGCAACGGCCUUUGACAAGGGUAACAAGCGCAAGCGGGCCACCAAGAAGAAGGGCCCUCGUGUUUUGAGAAUUGAGUAAACGGUCACAACCGGGCUCCGUCUUGAUUUUAAAAGACAGUUACUCUUGUGGCAUGUUGGGAUGUGUAUUCCCAAUCUAUAUUCUAGCUUAUAUUCAAAUUCCAUGUUCUUCCCAUUACAGCAAGUUAUACAUCUGCGU